CGCAGUCGGGGACCAUGUGGAGCGCGGUCGGCCGGAGCCGGGCUGCGUGGCCGCGGGCGCUGCUGCGGCUGCUGCUGCCGCUGCUGCUGGCGGGGCCGGGGGGCUGCCUGCGCCGCCACGACCUCUUCCCCUUCGGGCCGGCGCGCGGGGACCUGGAGCUGGAGCCGGGCGACGACCGCGUCUCCCCCGCCCUGGAGCUGAGCACGGCGCUGCGCUUCUUCGACAAAUCCGACCUCCGCUCGGUCUAUGUCACCACGAACGGCCUCAUUGCCACGAGCGAACCCCCGGCCGCAGAAUCCCAUCCCGGGCUCUUCCCGCCGACCUUCGGGGCCGUGGCGCCUUUCCUGGCCGACCUGGACACCAGCGACGGCCUCGGGAAGGUCUACUACCGCGAGGACUCGUCCCCCGCCGUCACCCAGCUGGCCGCCGAGUGUGUCCAGAGAGGGUUCCCGGGAGUCUCCUUCCAGCCCGCCAGCGCGGUGGUGGUCACCUGGGAAUCCGUGGCCCCGUACCGAGGCCCCAGCGAGGACCCUGCCCGGGAAGACGAGAGAAACACGUUCCAGGCGGUCCUGGCCUCCUCGGGUUCCAGCUCCUACGCCAUCUUCCUGUACCCCGAAGACGGCCUGCAGUUCACCUCGACCUUCUCAAAGCGGCACCAGAGCCAGGUCCCCGCCAUGGUCGCCUUCAGCCGAGGGCUGGUGGGACUCUUGUGGAGCAGCGACGGGCCGUCUAACGUAUUUGCUAACGACAGGGAAUCGAUCGGAAAUUUGGCCAAGAGCAGCAACUCCGGGCAGCAGGGCGUCUGGGUGUUUGAGAUCGGGGGCCCCGACACAGCCAGCGGCGUGGUGUCCUCGGACGUGAACCUCAUGCUGGACGACGGCGAAGACUACGAGGAGGACGAGGAUUACGACUCGGUGACCAGUCUGGGCCCGGAGGACGUGGGCACCACACCCUUCCCCUAUGAGACCCUGAGGCGGGGAGACACCGGCACCACCAGGCACCGGGUCUCGUCCCCCAGCCGCCCGGCCACCGCCAGGCCCGCCAGGCCUCCCACCGAGAGGACCCGGUCCUUCCAGCUGCCCGCGGCCAGGUUCCCCCAGCAGCACCCGCAGGUCAUCGAUGUGGAUGAGGUGGAGGAGUCGGAAGUCGUCUUCAGCUACAACACGGAUUCCCGGCCCACGUGCGCCAACAGCCGCCACCAGUGCUCCGUGCACGCCGAGUGCCGGGACUACGCCACCGGCUUCUGCUGCAGCUGCGUCGCCGGCUACACCGGGAACGGCCGGCAGUGCGUGGCCGAAGGGUCCCCCCAGCGAGUGAACGGCAAGGUGAAAGGGAGGAUCUUCGUGGGGAGCAGCCCGGUCCCCGUGGUGUUUGAGAACACGGACCUGCACUCCUACGUGGUGAUGAACCAGGGGCGCUCCUACACGGCCAUCAGCACCGUCCCCGAGGCCGUGGGGCACUCCCUGCUGCCCCUGGCCCCCGUCGGGGGCAUCAUCGGGUGGAUGUUCGCGGUGGAGCAGGACGGGUUCAGGAACGGGUUCAGCAUCACGGGGGGCGAGUUCACCCGCCAGGCCGAGGUGACCUUCGUGGGGCACCCGGGCAAGCUGGUCAUCAAGCAGCGGCUCAGCGGCAUCGACGAGCACGGGCACCUGACCAUCGCCACGGAGCUGGAGGGCCGCGUGCCGCAGAUCCCCGUCGGCGCCUCCGUGCACAUCGAGCCCUACACGGAGCUCUACCACUACUCCCGCGGCGUGAUCACGUCCUCCUCCACGCGGGAGUACACGGUGACAGGGCCCGAGCGGGACGGCGCGGCCCCCGCGAGCAUCCACACGUACCAGUGGCGCCAGACCAUCACCUUCGAGGAGUGCGUCCACGACGGGGCCCGGCCGGCCCUGCCCAGCACCCAGCAGCUCUCGGUGGACAGCGUGUUCGUCCUGUACAACCAGGGGGAGCGGAUCCUGCGCUUCGCGCUCAGCAACUCCAUCGGGCCCGUGCGGGACGGCUCCCCGGACGCCCUGCAGAACCCCUGCUACCUCGGCACUCACGGGUGCGACACCAACGCGGCCUGCCGGCCCGGCGCCGGGAACCAGUUCGCCUGCGAGUGCUCCAUCGGCUUCCGGGGGGACGGACGCACCUGCCACGACAUCGACGAGUGCUCGGAGCAGCCCUCGGUGUGCGGGAGCCACGGCGUCUGCAAUAACCACCCCGGGACCUUCCGCUGCGAGUGUGAGCAGGGGUACCGGUUUUCCGACGAGGGGACGUGCGUGGCUGCCGUGGACGAGCGCCCCAUCAACCACUGCGCCACGGGCCUGCACGACUGUGACAUCCCCCAGCGGGCCCAGUGCGUCUACACGGGCGGCUCCUCCUACACCUGCUCCUGUCUGCCCGGCUUCUCCGGGGACGGCCGGGCCUGCCAAGACGUGGAUGAAUGCCACCCGAGCCGAUGCCACCCCGAUGCCUUCUGCUACAACACCCCGGGCUCCUUCUCGUGCCAGUGCAAGCCUGGGUACCGGGGCGACGGCUUCCGCUGCGUGCCUGGAGAAGCAGAGAAAACGCGCUGCCAGCUCCAGCGAGAACACAUCCUCGGGGCGGCGGGGGUGGGGGACCAGCGCCCUCUGCCCCCGGGGAUGUUCGUCCCCGAGUGCGACGAGCAGGGGCACUACGUGCCCACCCAGUGCCACGGCAGCACCGGCUACUGCUGGUGCGUGGACCGCGACGGCCGUGAGCUGGAGGGCACCAGGACCAGGCCCGGGAUGAGGCCCCCCUGUCUGAGUACGGUGGCUCCCCCGAUUCACCCCGGACCCUCGGUUCCUCCCGCCGUGAUCCCUCUGCCCCCCGGGACCCACUUGCUCUUUGCCCAGACGGGGAAGAUAGAGCGCCUCCCGCUGGAGGGCAGCACCAUGAAGAAGACGGAGGCCAAGGCGCUGCUGCACGCCCCGGAUAAAGUCAUCAUCGGCCUGGCCUUCGACUGCGUGGACAAGAUGGUCUACUGGACCGACAUCAGCGAGCCUUCCAUCGGGAGAGCCAGCCUGCACGGCGGGGAGCCGACCACCAUCAUUCGACAAGGUCUCGGAAGCCCCGAAGGCAUCGCCGUGGACCAUCUGGGCCGCAACCUCUUCUGGACGGACUCCCGCCUGGACCGCAUAGAAGUGGCGAAGCUGGACGGCACCCAGCGCCGGGUGCUGUUCGACACGGACCUGGUGAACCCCAGAGGCAUCGCGACGGACGCCGUGAGAGGGAACCUCUACUGGACGGACUGGAACCGGGACAGCCCCAAGAUCGAGACCUCCUACCUGGACGGCACCCACCGCAGGGUCCUCGUGCACGACGACCUGGGCCUGCCCAACGGGCUGACCUUCGACGCCUACUCGUCGCAGCUCUGCUGGGUGGAUGCAGGCACCGGCCGGGCCGAGUGCCUCCGGCCCGAGCAGCCCGCCCGUCGCCGGGUCCUCGAAGGGCUCCAGUACCCUUUCUCGGUGACCAGCUUCGGGAAGCACCUGUAUUACACGGACUGGAAGACGAAUUCGGUGGCUGCCGUGGAUGUCGCUGUUGCCAAGGAGACGGACACCUUCCACCCCCACAAACAGACCCGGCUGUACGGCAUCACCACCGCCCUGUCUCAGUGUCCCCAAGGUCACAACUACUGCUCCGUGAACAACGGUGGCUGCACCCACCUCUGCUUGGCCACCCCAGGAAGCAGGACCUGCCGUUGCCCUGACAACACCCUGGGAGUUGACUGUAUCGAGCGGAAAUGAAGACAAGAGUGCCUUGUUUCCUCACCGAGUGUUUCGCAGCAGCACCCUGCCGCAAAGGGUCCAGGCUGGAAACUGUCUGACCUGGUGGCUGAGUGGCCGCUAGCCUGAGCCUUAACAACGUUCCCCUCACCAUUCCCCCAAAACAUAAGCCCUGAGCUUCUGGAAUGGGGAAGUUCCUACCCCUACACAGAGAGAGGACCCCCCUGCCUCCCCCUGCAAACCCUUAGACAAAUGAAUACAGCCCCGAGGGAGGGUUGUAUGUGUUCCCUAACUUAGCACCCUAGUGGUGAGCAGACCCUCCCAGGCCUGAGCCAUCCCCUGUGGCCUUACGAGCUCAACCACACGCUGACACACCCACUACUUUGUCAGCGCCUCUAUGCCUGCCAAGGCUGCGGCCCAUUGGAACCUAAAUCAGGAGAGAGCCUUACCCUGAAUAAUUGGAGUUUGUUUUCAGAGGCAAGUUUCCUCCCCCACUCCCCAAGAAUCACCGCGUUUGGGGAACACAUAGGUUGUUUAGAUAGCCCGACUCAUACAUUAGUUUCACCUUCUUUUUUAUAUUUAUCAUUCAUUCUAUAUCAAGCCGUCUAUAUCAAAUGUCUGUCAUGAUUUUGUAUAAUUUUUAUAAGUGUUUUUUAAAUGGUAAAUUCUUGAACUGUGGAAACCAUUGAAGGUGCUUAUUAACUGUUCCCCCAGUUUAUACAAGUGUUGGAUGAUUCCUUGAGUUUACAGCUAUAUAAAUAGUAGUGUAGGUAAUAAAAACAUUUUUUGG